UAGUGCGCAUGCGUGUCCACAGAAGAAGACGUUCGCGACUGCAUAGCCAUGUCUCUCGCGGAUGAGCUAUUAGCUGACCUGGAGGAACUUGGCGAUGAGCUGGGAGACCAAGAAAAUGAUCAGCAAGAGGAUCAGAUCAUGGAGGCAACUGAGGGUCUGUCGGAAGCUACCAGCCUUCAGAGUCAGUCAGUUGUGGCCCUUGCCCAGCUGGCGAACAGUGAUAGACUACAACAUAUGAUUGAGCUAAUUGACACAUACCUGGAGGAUCCAAGAUCUGAAAGAGUCAUAGGCCCAGUCGAGGCAGACCCUGAAUAUCAGUUGAUAGUUGAUUCCAACAAUAUACUUGUGGAAAUUGACAACGAAAUAAGUAAGUGGAUCCACUAUGUAUGUGUUGUGUACGCAUACACAUUAAUAAUAUGUUAAAAGCACCAGAGCUCUAUUCUGAAGUACUCACAUAUGACUGGUCUAGGCUUAGACGUCGAAAUAAAUCUAUACAGUGCCAAGCC